GUCGUUCACACAGCCAGGUUCCUGCAGCGACCUCUUUCACAAGUAGGUAUCGUUCUAGGCGUCCAUCCUCCACCGCAAUCCAACAUCAUCGAAAUCAGCCGAAAGGCAAAACCCAGCUAUAUCAGUUGUCAAUUCGCGACGAGUCAACAUCUCCAUCAUUUUUUCCGAGUCCAAAUCCUCAUCGAUACUCUGAACGACGUCCAGCCACUGCAGCGAGUUAAAAGUCCAACCAUCACUUGCGUUGCAUUGUCGUCAGGAACGGUGUGAGAAUCACAUUCCCAACAGAAGCAAGAUUCUUCAGUCCAGCCUCGGCGGCACUUAGCCACAUAUAUCAUCAUCGAUCAACCAAGCAGUCAGACCAGUCCCCCAAGAGACACCGUCCAAGCCGCCGACUCUUGGAUAUAACAGGGAACCAGAUCCACUGCCUAUCUCGGGAUAGCUCUGCAGUCUAUCACCUCGCCUGAUCUCCUGACGAGUGAACCCCUUGCAAACUCCCGCUCGGUUACCCAUAACCCAGUCCCCGCAACUCGAAACGAUAAACACCAAGCAAGGCCCAGGCCAUCCGUCAUCGAGAAGCAUUCAUACUCCUCCCGACAGUAUCUGGAGAUUCUUCCUCCUCCAUUAUUUUCAACAAAAAACUACCAACAUCCAUUCAACACCCUAUCAGCCGAAUCGUCAGGAGGAUAUUCCACAAUCAGAACCCACCAUGUCGUCCUCAUUACCUUGGGACUACAUCGCAAAGCUAGUGUGCAUCGGCGACUCAGGCUGCGGUAAAUCCUCGCUCACCAUCCGGCUCUGCGAGGGCCGCUUCGUCACCCACCACGACGUGACCAUCGGUGUCGAAUUCGGCUCACGCAUCGUCCCCGUCGGUCCUCCUCACAGCAACCUCGAUUCCCAACAAUCACAACAACAACAACCAGCAUCCUCCACAACCACCUUCACCUCAGAUUCCACAACAACAACAAUACCAAACACUACAACCUCCUCCUCCGGGGGCCUCCCCCCACCCCCAAUAGCCGCCAAGCCCUCCUCCUCUUCUUCUUCAGCAUCCGACCCCCCUGUCCCGCAAAAACACAUGAAACUCUCCCUCUGGGACACGGCCGGCCAAGAAACCUACAAAUCCGUCACGCGCUCCUACUUCCGCGGCGCCUCGGGCGCCCUCCUCGUCUUCGACCUCUCGCGCAAACAGACAUUUGAGCACGUAACCGACUGGCUGAACGACCUUCGCGCCAUUGCCGAGCCGGACAUUGUGGUGAUCUUGGUCGGCAACAAGGCCGAUCUUACCGAAGCAAACGACGAAAACGAGGGAGAAAACAACAAGCGAGAAGUAACGAGGAAAGAAGCGGAAGAGUGGGCAAGGAGGAAUGGAGUGCUCGAGUACGUGGAGACGAGCGCCAAGAGCGGGGAGAACGUCGAGAAGGCGUUUAUGAGGGUGGCCGAGAGGAUAUACCAGAAUAUUCAGGCGGGAAAGUACGAUUUGAAUGAUAGACGGUCGGGGGUAAAGGGGCCUAGUGCUGGGUUAGGUGGAGGCGGCGCAGGAGGGGGAGGAACGCAUGUGAAGUUGACGGGGGAUAAGGCGGGCGGUUAUGGAGGGUGUUGUUGAGUGAAGGGUAGCCCCUUGAGGAGGAGAAGGUGGAGGAGGAAAGCAAAGAGGGACGAAUCAAAUACACAUGAGAUACGAUCAAAACCUUUUAUGGGAAUGUGAAAAGCUAGGGAAAGGGAAACGAUGGUGGGGGAUAUCACGACUGUCGGUCUGCCGCGUAUUAAUUCGAAACAGGAUUGACAGGAACCCGGGAGCAAAGUAGAUAAUGAUGUGGAUGGAUGUAAUGAUGUAUUGCCCUGAUGAUUUCCUGUUCGACCGACAUGAACGCAUCUGCAUUUUCAACAAAGGAUAUCGGGCAUUGAUGCCGGGAACGCAGGCAGAACCAUAGACUUUCUCAUCACUACUACCAAAGCAAAUGGCUAGUCGACAAGUGUACCGUGUUUCUGAGUAUAUGACUUGCCCUAAUACGCAAGUUUGAUAGCCCUGAUCUAUUACAUCAAGGAAACCACUGUCUUUCGUUACAGACACUCUUCAUCAGAUUGCAACAGGCAAAUAUCUCGACAAAUACCCUCCAGUAGACACACUAAUGAAAUGUUUCCCAUUUUUCUA